AUGUUUUCUAAUAAAAGCAAUUUCAUAUUUGUCACAUUAUUCAGCAUUUUUAUUAAUGUUCAAAGUCUGCUACAAUUACGGCCAAACGAAGACAGUGACAUAGCUAGUGCUGAGACAGCUAUACGAGAGACAUUAAAUACUUUAUUUACUGCUUUGAAGAUCAGACACGUUCAAAACAAACCACGAUUGAAAGAGUUUUCAACAAUACAUAACUUUUUCGUUUCAAUCACACUAAAAGAUUGCGACAACCUUCAAGAAAUAGAAUUGCUGUCGCGAGUUAAUGACGUUGAUAACGAUACAUAUUUUACAACGCAAAUAAACGAGGUUUUGGAUGAGGACAGUGAAAUAUUAGCUAAUAAUACUUACGCAGAAGCGUAUGUUGAAACAUUUAUCAAAACACUAAGAUAUUUAAAGGAUAACUACAACUUACAUAAUAACCUAAGCAAUUUAGAAAUAAACCCCGAAAUUUUACAACAUUUAAGCAGUGAUGAGUUGUUAGAAAAUGCUACUAAAAACAGUUCUAACAUAAAGUCUCUUGAUAAUAAUAUUCUCCAGUAUAGGCGAAUUUUGGAUCAAGAGGGCCGUCGGGUGUAUAAAGGCAAAAGCGUAAAAAUCGAGAGGUUCCCUUUCAUGGCUAGCAUCCAUUUCUUUAACAUGUAUCGUUGUGGAGGUUGUAUAAUAUCAAGAAAUUUAAUUAUCACGUCCUCAUCAUGUUUGCAACUAUUGGUGAAUAAAGGAGACUUUCUCCGUUCCACCCCAGACUUUCUAUCGGUUCGAAUCGGAAGCACGUAUACUGGGAGUGGUGGUGAAAAAUUCGGUGUCUAUGGUAUCCACUUCCAUCCUUACUACAACCCAAGGACUUUAGAGAAUAACAUCGGCCUAGUAAGGCUUAGUCGACAGAUCACAUAUUCCAGGAAAAUAAAAAGAAUAGAAUUUGACAGAGUACCUACAGAAAUUAAUGACCGGAUUAUUGUUAUUGGUUGGGGAGCAAAAGAUGGGUCAAACGUUAAAAGUACAAAACUAUCGUAUUCAAAGUUGGAUUAUUACCCUCUACGCUAUUGCAAAAAGGUUUAUUCUAAAAAAUAUGUGAAAAAUUAUUACUUUUGUGCUGGAUUCGUACACAAAAAAGGAGGUGCAUGCAAUUACGACAUUGGUGGCCCAGGAAUCGUCGAUAGCAAAAUAGCUGGAAUCAUCAAUUUUGGACCUGCAACGUGUGGAAAACGUAACUCACCUACGGUGUUCACUAAAGUUGGAUAUUACACCGACUGGAUCAGAGGCAUUAUGGGUCAGCUUCCAAAAUUAAUGAGUCAAACAAUUAUUACAAAUGACACAAGUAUGAUAAGCAGUAUUCAAGCGUCAGUUGAAUAUUACGAAGACUUUGCUAGAACAGAUGUACCAGUCGCCGCAACGAAAGCUUUACAACAACCAGCCAAAGACAAUCACUUGAUGGUCCUAAUGCACCUGAAGAGGAACCAAGCUAAACAAAUCAUAGAAGCAAUCACCAGCGACUAUCUUCUUUUAAAUCACCGCAAUCAAAAAUAUAAGGACCUCGGCAAGGCUGCGAUUAGAAACUCACAAAUUUAUUCCGAAAACGGUUGGAUCCUGCUUGUUAGCUCUUGCGUCAUGACGUAUCCUAUCAUGGCUAUAGUCCUCACAACAUACAAUUUCUUAUUCAAAGCGGACCCUGUUAAGUACAUGGGUAACGGCUUUGAUGUUAUGUACCUGAUAUUUUUGGGAGGUGCUGUGGCACAUAUAUAUGUGCCUUGUCGAUAUGCUGCCAAAUUAAAGGAGAUGGUAAACCUCAUUAAUAUACAGUCAGUAAUAGCAGAGGCAGUGAAAUAA